AUGCCUCGCCUGCCUUGCCAGGGACUCCAAUUCGCACGGGCAAAACGCCCGAGACGGCCCAUACCACCAUGCCACCGACAAUUCACUGGCUCGGCUGCUCCGUCAGCUCUGGGGUCGCUUCCGCUUGAGGGAUACCGGGUGCUGGACAUGACCCGGGUGCUUGCCGGGCCUUACUGUACGCAAAUCCUAGGGGAUCUUGGCGCAGAGGUGAUCAAGAUAGAGCACCCCACACGGGGUGAUGACACGCGUGCUUGGGGACCGCCGUAUGCGACUUACAAGCCUGGUUCUGCCCACGAAGGCCCCGGCGAGUCAGCAUACUUUCUUGCGGCUAAUCGCAACAAGAAGUCGCUGGCACUAUCGUUCCAGGAUCCGGCUGGAGUUGAGAUCCUCCAUAAACUGGCCGCCAAAUGCGACAUCUUGGUUGAGAAUUACAUUCCCGGUUCUCUCAAGAAAUACGGCCUCGACUUCGAAACGAUCCACAAGAUCAACCCAGCGCUCAUCUAUGCAUCAAUAACCGGCUACGGCCAAACCGGGCCAUACUCACAGCGCCCGGGCUACGACGUUAUGGUCGAGGCCGAGUUUGGCCUGAUGCACAUCACGGGUUGCAGAGACGGACCCCCGGUCAAGGUAGGUGUCGCCGUGACCGAUCUGACGACAGGUCUAUACACGAGCAACAGCAUCAUGGCAGCGUUGCUCGCCCGCGCAAAGACCGGCAAAGGCCAGCACAUUGACGCUGCGCUGAGCGACUGCCAGACGGUCACGCUGGCCAACAUUGCCAGCAGUUGCCUGAUCAGCGGCGAGAGAGACACUGGUCGGUGGGGGACGGCUCAUCCCUCCAUCGUUCCCUACAGGUCCUUCAAAACCAAGGAUGGCGAUAUUCUGUUUGGCGGAGGAAACGAUCGUCUUUUUGGCAUUCUUUGCGACGGGCUGAGACGGCCAGAAUGGAAGGAGGAUCCAAAGUACAAGGUCAACUCAUCUAGGGUGGCGCACCGCGAUGAACUCGAGGCCGAGAUCGAAAAGAUAACCACGACCAAAACGACACAGGAAUGGCUCGACAUUUUCGAGGGCAAGGGAAUGCCGUAUGCGGCGGUCAAUGAUAUCCUCGGGACGCUAACACACGAGCACACUAAAGCAAGGGACAUGGUUGUCGAGGUAGAACACCCGGAGUGCGGACCCAUAAAGCUCCUGAAUACGCCCAUCAAGUACUCGGAGAGCCGGCCCAGCAUCCGAAGCCCGCCGCCGACGCUGGGUGAGCACACAGAUGAGAUCCUCCGAGAGCAUCUCGGUAUGGAGGAGGGCCUAAUACAGGGAUUGCGAGAAAAGGGCGUUGUUAGAUAG